UUUGUGAAGCAGCAGAGUGCCAGCACACACACUGACACACACUCCACACACACACGCUAACACACACACACAAACGCUAACACACACACACACUGACACACAGCUGAGGCUCCCGUUGUCUAGCUGCUGCUGUGAGGCAGCUCAGCAAAGGAGGCACCACUUAGUUCUUCUACUACUGUAGAGGGAUUGUAAAAGGGGAUUGUCGAGGAGGCAUUUGGAGGUUUGUGGAUUGUCCGAGCAGCAGGCGCUUGCUUCUGUACAGGGAUUGUAAAGGAGAAGAGGAGAGAGAGGAGGCUGUAACGUUAGAGGAUUGUAGAGGAGAAGAGGAGAGAGAGGAGGCUGUAACGUUAGAGGAUUGUAAAGGAGAAGAGGAGAGAGAGGAGGCUGUAACGUUAGAGGAUUGUAGAGGAGGUCUUCGGUGGUGUUUUGUCUGGAGCCAUGGAGCGUUUCCUGGUCUUUGUGAAGCAGAUCAGGAGGUCCAGGAGACGGAAGGGGAAAAAGUACAGACCGGAGGAGGACUAUCAGGAGGGAUAUGAAGAUGUGUAUUAUUAUGCUUCUGAACACCUGCACAAUUCCUGCUACAAAAGCGACGACGAAGAUGAGGGGCCGUACACAAAGCACUCCAACCCCUCCAGGCCACCGGAUGGAGCGCUGGCCAUCAGGAGGCAGAGUAUCCCAGAUGAGUUUAAAGGCUCCAGUGUUGUGGAGUUAAUGAAGAAAGAAGGCACCACUCUAGGACUCACUGUGUCCGGGGGCGUCGACAAGGAUGGAAAACCACGGGUGUCCAACCUGCGCCAGGGAGGCAUCGCUGCUAGGAGUGACCAGCUCAACGUGGGCGACUACAUCAAGUCUGUAAACGGGAUCAAUCUGACCAAGUUCCGUCACGACGAGAUCAUCAGCCUGCUGAAGAACGUUGGAGAACGUGUGGUUCUAGAGGUGGAAUACGAGCUGCCACCUGUCUCUGUUCAAGGCUCUGGGCUGAUGUUCAAAAGCGUUGAGGUGACUCUGCACAAAGAAGGCAAUACGUUCGGCUUUGUCAUCCGAGGAGGAGCCCACGAGGACAGGAACAAAUCCCGCCCCGUUGUCAUAACGACCAUCAGGCCAGGUGGACCUGCUGACAGGGAAGGUACGGUGAAGCCAGGGGACAGGCUCCUGAGUAUCGAUGGGAUCCGUCUUCACGGGACAUCCCAUGCAGAGGCCAUGUCCAUCCUGAAACAGUGUGGACAAGAGGCUACGCUGCUCAUCGAGUAUGACGUCUCCAUCAUGGACUCCAUAGCCACAGCUUCAGGGCCUCUGCUGGUUGAGGUUGCCAAGUCCCUGGGGUCCAGUCUGGGCCUGGCCCUCAACACCUCCAUGUACUGCAACAAGCAGGUCAUCAUCAUAGACAAGGUCAAGCCCGCAAGCAUCGCAGACAGGUGCGGAGCUCUGCACGCGGGUGACCACAUCCUGUCUGUGGAUGGUACCAGUAUGGAGUACUGUACCUUGGCCGAGGCCACCCAGCUGCUCGCCAGCGCCUGUGAACACGUCAAGAUGGAGAUCCUGCCACACCACCAGACCAGACUGGCCCUCAAGGGCCCUGAACAUGUCAAGGUGCAGAGAAGCACGCGGACCCUUCCCUGGGAGUCCUCUUCAGCCAACAACAACAGCAACUUCCUCCCCUACCAACACUAUAACACCUACCAUCCUGACCAGUCCCAGAGACACCAGGCCUCCAAGCACCACAAAACCUCUCCCAACAACCCCCCUCUAGGCUCAUCCUUCUCUCCUACCUCUAUGAGUGCCUACAGUCUGAGUUCCCUCAACAUGAGCACCCUGCCCAGGAACAUGUACCCCACCAGCCCCAGAGGAACCAUGAUCAGGAGGAAACUCAAGAAGAAGGACUUCAAGAGCUCACUGUCUCUGGCUAGCAGUACCCUGGGUCUAGCAGGUCAGGUUGUUCACACUGAGACGACUGAGGUGAUUCUGCUCAGUGACUCUAUCAUGGGGUUUGGUAUCCAGCUGCAGGGGGGGGUGUUUGCCACAGAGACCCUAUCCUCACCCCCGCUCAUCGGCUAUUUGGACCCAGACAGUCCUGCAGAGAGGUGCGGGAUUUUGCAGAUAGGUGACCGUAUCCUGUCUAUAAACGGGAUCCCUACAGAGGACAGCACCUUGGAAGAGACCAAUCAGCUACUGAGAGACUCCAGCAUCACCAGCAAGGUCUCGCUGGAGAUAGAGUUUGACGUGGCAGAGUCAGUCAUCCCUAGCAGUGGCACCUUCCAUGUGAAGCUACCAAAGAAGCCUGGGGUGGAGCUGGGGAUCACUAUCAGCUCUCCGUCCAGUAGGAAACCUGGGGACGCUCUCAUCAUCUCCGACAUCAAGAAGGGCAGCGUGGCUCACAGGACUGGUACUCUGGAGCUGGGGGACAAGCUGCUGGCCAUCGAUAACAUCCGCCUGGACAACUGUUCCAUGGAAGACGCUGUUCAGAUUCUCCAGCAGUGUGAAGAACUGGUCAAGCUCAAGAUACGCAAGGACGAGGACAACUCAGACGAACAGGAGCUGUCUGGAUCCAUCAUCUACACGGUGGAGCUGAAGAGAUAUGGAGGCCCGCUGGGGAUCACCAUCUCAGGCACAGAGGAGCCCUUUGACCCCAUCGUCAUCUCCAGCCUCACCAAGGGAGGACUGGCCGAGAGGACGGGAGCGAUCCACAUCGGGGACAGGAUCCUAGCCAUCAACUGUAACAGUCUGAAGGGUAAACCACUGAGUGAAGCCAUUCACCUGUUGCAGAUGGCUGGAGAGUCUGUCACACUGAAGAUCAAGAAACAGGGAGAACUGGCCAGUCCCAAGCAGCCGUCGGUGUCUGGUCAUCUCAGUGAUGUGAUGCUGAGUGAUGUGGAGGACGAGGCAGGGUUAGGCGGGCUGGGAGGCCAGGCAGAGAGCCAGAAACUUGGGAAGCUCUCUGACCUCUACUCCACCACCAUCCCCUCUGUGGACUCAGCCGUGGAGUCCUGGGACGGCUCGGCCAUAGACACCACCUUCAACACCCAGGCCCCAGGUUUCCAGGCGUCUGGCUACAGCUUCCACAGCCAUGAGUGGAGGAACGCCAAGCCCAGCCAGGGCAGCCUGUCCCCUGUCAGCACCCGCCAGAGACACAACAUCCUGGCAGACCUCGGCCUCAGCGAUGACGAAUGGGACAGACCCACCGCCGGCGGAGCUUCUACUCUGCCCACCGGCCAAAUCACUGACAGCAGGUUCACUGUGGGUCAUGACGGGACCGAGCCGGACCAGGAAGAGAACUUCUGGUCUCAGGCCCUGGAAGAUCUAGAGACCUGCGGCCAGUCUGGCAUCCUGAGGGAACUGGAGGCCACCAUUAUGUCAGGCAGCAGUCUGAGUCUGAACCAUGACCCUGCUCCUCUGAGGAGCCACCUGGGUCGGCAGGCCAGCUUCCAGGAGCGCAGCGCAGCCCGGCCGCAGUACAACCAGUCCUCGCGCUCCAACACCCUGCCCAGCGACGGGGGGCGCAAGGCCUUCGCCAUGAGGAAGAUGAAACAGGAGAUGAAUGACGUUAUGUCGCCCACCCCCGUGGAGCUGCACAAGGUGAGUCUGUUGAAGGAGUCGGACCUUGAAGACUUUGGCUUCAGUGUGUCGGAUGGCCUCCUGGAGAAAGGUGUCUAUGUCAACAACAUCCUCCCAGGGGGACCUGCAGAGGUCGGGGGGCUGAAGUCCUACGACAGGCUGCUACAGAUCAACCACGUGAGGACCAGAGACUUCGACUGCUGUCUGGUGGUCCCUCUGAUUGCCGAGUCAGGCAACAAACUGGACCUGGUGAUCAGCAGGAACCCUGCUUCCUCCAGGACCGGGUCCCAGUCAGAACUGAACCAGCUACCCACCGAGGAGCCUGUCAUCAACUGGACCGAGCCGGAGACAGCCUCUCUGGCCCUCCACCGACCCAGAACCACCAUUCCUUAUCCAGGAUGGCUGCUGGAAUCGGGGUGA